GAGUUUCCUUUUUGCUAUACAUAUAUAUAUAUAUAUUUGUUCUUUCGAUAUAUUUUGGAGUUAGUCUUCGUGCGAAUUUUGUCAUAUUUACAUCGGGAUUAGAAAUCUAGUGAUGAUGUUAUAUUCACUUAAAACGAAAUUGUUAGUUUACUUCAAAUUCGUACCGAAUAAUGGUGAUAUGGCUCCUAAUUUGUUAGGAAGUACUUCUUCGUUCAUGAUGGCGGAACCGACGUGUGCUGAACCAGUUCAGAUAAUAAGCACCAAAGAUAACAUCCAACAGAAUCAUCAGGCGCACCAACAACCUACUAGACAGUCGACAAAAAGGAAACAACCUAAAUACAAAUGGGAUAUUGUAUGGAGAAAUGUUAUGGCUUUCUUACUUUUACAUGCUGUGGGAGUGUACGGAUUUUACUGUUUACUUCUUGGAAGAGUUAUGUGGAAAACGAUAAUGUUCAAUACUCUGUUGGCUGUCUUCGCCGGUUUAGGAGUUACAGCUGGUGCCCAUAGACUUUGGGCGCACAGAACUUAUAAAGCAAAAUUACCAUUCAGAGUGCUACUCGUAUUUUUCCAAACAAUAGCUUUACAGAACGACAUCUACGAAUGGGUGAGGGACCAUCGGGUCCAUCACAAAUUUACGGACACCGACGCCGACCCGCAUAACGCGAGUCGAGGUUUCUUCUUCUCGCAUAUAGGAUGGUUGAUGGUUAGAAAACAUAAAGAUGUUAUAGAAAAAGGGAAAACUGUAUAUAUGAGCGAUGUCGAAGCGGAUCCGGUGAUUAGAUUUCAGAGAAAGUACUACGUUCUGCUGGUUACUCUAUUAACUUUCUUAUUACCAGCUCACAUCCCAUGGUACUUCUGGGGAGAAAAUUACUUCUUGGCUUGGUACACGUGUAUAUUUAGAUACACUUUGUCCCUCAACUUUACUUGGUUGGUAAACAGUGCUGCUCAUAUUUGGGGAACUAAGCCUUAUGACAAAUCUAUAAAUCCAACUGAAAACAAAUACGUAGCAAUAUUGGGAUUCGGUGAAGGCUGGCAUAACUACCACCAUACUUUUCCGUGGGAUUACAAGGCAGCAGAACUUGGCGAUUAUAAAAUGAAUUACACGACGGCGGUUUUGGAUUUCAUGGCUUACAUUGGUUUAGUGUACGAUCGUAAAACAGCGUCAGCCGAAAUGGUCAAAAAGAGAGUUGACCGCACUGGCGACGGAUCUUGGACUAAUGGAAAAGCAGAAGAAGAAUCGCGACCAGAAGAUGAACAUCAUCAUUCUUAUGAAGAUUGCGUCUGGGGUUGGGGAGAUAAAGAUAUGAAAGAAGAGGAGAUUAGAGACGUUAUUGAGUUUAAUAAUUUAAAAGAGGACUAAAUUUGUUUUAGUGUGAUUGUUGUUAUCAUUUUAUUUAAAUUUUGUACGGCGUGACUUUAAAAUUAAGAAGUAGUUUAAUUUGAAGUAUUUAUACAAAUUACAAAAUACAAAUUUUGUAGCAGCUCAUCUAAUUAUAAAUGAUACAAAUAAUUACAACUCUCAACGUGUAAUUUUGAAGCUUUAUUCGUUGUUAUUGGUUGAAUACAUCAAAAAGUAGAGUUGGAUGUUACUAGACAGUCGCAUCUUUAAAUUUAGUGCUUUUUUUAUCCUUUUUUUUUUCCUUAUUUCUGCCAUAUAAUUUCGUGGUUUUCCUUGUUCACUGUUUCCUUUAAACUCGAGAUCCCCAAUUGUAUAUUUAAUCUUCCCAUCUGCAUUUCAUUCUUCGUUUCGAUCUUUUUCGUAUUAGUUUCUACUAUUUUCUUUAAUUAGUUUAAAUUCCAGGUAUUUCCAGAAGAAAAAUCACAAACAGAACAUCAACAUCAUAUUUAUCAGUUAAAUUAUUUGUAGUUUGAUUAGAAUUUACAAAAAAAAGAUUUGAAUUUCAGUUAAAUUAUUUAUUUUUUAACAUUUAUAACUUUCUCGUUCAUAUGAAUUGGAACCAUUUCUAAAAAUUCUCUUUUUCGUGUAUUAGAUUCCGUUCCGAGUAUCUUUAAAAUUGAAUUUAUGUUUCUUUUAAUAUUUCCUGGUUCGUUAAUGUAAUUUUAUUAUGUUUAUCGUAUUGAUGAUCUUUUAUUCUAUUUUCUAAAUACUGAGAUGUCUGUCCUAUGUACACAGCGUCGCAAUUAGUACAAGGCACUUGACAUAUGACAUUAUUUCUUUUGUUUUUUGGUGUUUUUGAUGUUAAUUUGUCGAUAUCACAUUUCGAUAAAGGCUUAAAUAAGUCGAAACGUCAAAUUUUUAUCUGUUUUUAAAAAAUUAUAAAAGGAACUAAUUUCAAAUCAAAAAAGCUCCGAGUUGAUUUUUAUUUUAUCUUGACAUUUUACUUUUGACUAGAAGCAUUAUAAAAAGAUUAAAAAUAAUUAAAAAUAAUUGAAAAUAAAUAAAUAAAAUAAAUUCGAUAGAAUAUGUAAUGAAAUUUUCGUUGAAAUUUGUUUAAAAACGUCAAAAAAAAUUGAUAUUCACCGACAUAUAUGUUUGAAACUCUAAUUAAUUAAAAAAUUUAUUUUGUUUUAUAAAGAUCAUUUCUUUGAUAGUUAAUUUUUGAUAAUUUUCAUAUUAAAUUAAUAUUUUUGCUUUUCAUUUUGUUUACGUAAUGCGUUUGAUGCAUUUUUAUCACAUUUGUGAUCAUUUAUCCUAUUUGCCAGAUAAUGCUUAGUCAGUCCAAUAUAAUUUCGUAAACAAUUUAAACAUCCGAUUAUUUUAUUUUUAAUUUGGUAUUUGGAUACAAUUUUGCGUAUAAAAUGUUGUAUGUAAAGUAUCGUAUAUGUAAAUUUAGUUUUAGCUCUAAUUUAUACAAUUCCUUAAAAUAAGUUGAGAUUUAAUAUUUCCUGGUUCGUUAAUGCAAUUUUAUUCUGUUUAUAGUAUUGAUGAUCUUUUAUUCUAUUUUCUAAAUACUGAGAUGUCUGUCCUAUGUAGACAGCGUUAAAAUUAGUACAAGGCACUUGACAUAUGUAAAUUUAGUUGCUCUAAUUUACACAACUCCUUAAAAUAAGUUGAGAGUUUUUUUGAUCUUUCUUUUCACUUAUUUCUUUUGUAUAGUUGCGUGGUUUACUUUGUAUGCCAUUUCUUCACUCUUCGGCUAUUUCCUUUAAACUCACGACCCCCAAUACUUCUAGGUCCAUCAGCAGCCUGGGUAUUUGCAGCAUUAAACUCAAUCAGUUCGCUUCAACUCCAUUCCAUACGUCGGACAAUUUGUCAAAACAAGUUUCAAGGGAGUAGUAUUAAGAAUUGACACAACUCUAGUAUGUUUAAAAAGAAAUUUAUGGAAUAGUAUUGAUGCUUCUUGUUCUUACAAGCUACUCUGCCACAUUCCAGCAGCCGGUUCUCAAUAUUUUCGAUCUUGUUAUUAUGAUCUUCUUCUUUUUUCUUGUCAAGUUGUCAUCUAAGUGCCCGGCAGUUGUCAAAGGCGAAGUCUUAUCGAUACAUAUAUUAAGCACCAGGUUGUAGGGAAGCCCCAGAAAACGCACAACAUCGUUGUUUGGUGGAGGAGAUUUUGGCGGUGUGGUAAUUACCCAAUAAAAAUAGUUUAGGCAGGGGAGAUCUUGAGAAGUUUGCCAUAAUUAUAAAAUGUGAUUUCGUGAAAAUAUUAUUUCGUUUAUAAAAGUAUUUUCACGAGCGUUGCAUUGAGUUUAUUAUCAUUUUUAAUUAUGAUUAAAACGUGUGAUAUAAAUUGCAAUUAAAAUUUAUUUAGGAGUAGUAAUUCAAAGUGAAGUUAAUUAUAUGCAGGACUGUUAUUUGUUAGCUUUCACAAUGUUCAUAUUUUACGAUAAUAAAGCCUUUAAAUAUA